UCAGCUGUUAUGGCUAUGAUCUGGUCAAAGCGAGUUGUAUUGUAUUUUUGCUAUAUUACUCUUCUUGUAGCGUCCCUCGUUGGAUUGAUAUUCUUCAGCAUUCGUUCAAUAACAUGCUGUUUACAGGAGCGYCAUUCAAGCUAUCAAUGCAAAAAUUUCACUCUCUUCGCCCAUUCCCUAGAACUGGAGCUAGGCUGGCUCCUCAUUCUGGAUUUGAACUUCCUUAUUCCRUUGUAYUUGGUUGCAAAAGUCCCCGAGUUCAUAGGAUGGCAAAAURUUUUUGGAAAGCURAUACGUUUGCCUAGRUUUUGGUCGUUUGUGUAUCUUUUGAUAAUUGCCGYCGURGAGUGCGCAGGUAUCUUGGGAUUCAACAAAGGAAGUCGACUAGAAGAAAUUGUCGUUGCCUGCUUUCUUAGUGAAAAUGUCCUGACUGUCCUAGUUAUUGGUGUUUUUAAUUUUACUGAGCUGAAAAAGGUUGAGCAACGGUUCGACAAAUCGGUCAAAAUACUGAUUAAGCUCACUCUAAUUUUCUUCUGUGUAAGCAACUUCGUCAUGUUCCUGAUUGGRACUAUACAGUUGUCUUKUAAUGUAACUGGUCUGGAUGGUCAACAGUCUCGUGGAGUUACCGAGAACUUGAUAACCAUUUUUGGCGUUGUAAGAAGUCUCGCCAAUGUUUUGUUCUAUCAUAGAUCUGGUGGAUUCUUCUGGCAAAAGAUUUUUAUUGAUAACCGAAAUAUAUUAAGUCAUUUUCAGUUACUGCGCGAUCMAAACCCGUCCAGACACCUGGAGGACUAGCUAACUACUAAACUAAUUUGAAMAUCACUUUGACUUGAUUGAACUGGUUAAAGCCAAGUUCUGAAAGAAAAAUGGCGCCGGGUCUUGAUCACGAGACAUGGGGGUGUUUCAUACGCUGACAUUUCCUUACUCAUGAAACUAAAGCCUGGGCUUUCGUUUUAGGAAAUUGAAACGCGGAUGAAAUAAAAUGCAUUAUGAAUUCCAAAUUUUUAUCAUGAGUUACUUACAUAGGCUUACGAGCAAUAAUCGUACAUAGGCUAUUUUUAGAAAACGUUGAAUGCUGAAUACUGCAUAAUGCACUCGGCGAUCGCAAUGCAYUGUUGCCACUUAACUCAAUGUUAACCGAGAUACAAAAUGACAAUUCUAAACUUAAUAGCUUUCAACUGCAGUUCUUGACUGCACGUAGCUGGUAUAGUAUCACUCUAAAACCACUUCAUCAAAAGCGACAAAACGGCCAACAAUGUGCUAUUUUAGUCUUUGGRACACUAUCGUCAUUACUCAACGUUUUCUGAAAUAGCUCGUCUAUCUCUGAUAAUCUCUGUGGCCACGAUUUUAGAAACAAGACGUCAAGGUACACCGAGGGCCUUACAGUAUGCCUCUGUCCAAUGCUUAGUUCGUACUUACAGAACCAGAUAAUGGAAUAUCAUGUGUUAUCUAAGGCCUAGUGCCCAUAUGAUCGUCUAAGAAAACAGCGCCAUCUAAAACAUGUGUGGAAUUUAAGAAGUGGUUCUAAAACUUCWAUCUGUUGUGAAAUUAUACAGAAAAUGAAAAUGAAUUAUAAUGAGAUUGUUUAUAUAUAUAUCACAAGAUCAUUGUUAUUCGUACUUAUAUUAUGGAUUUUACGAAAAAUAAAUAGUCGCUAGAGAACGCAGUUCGAGCUCAACCACGAAGUU